ACUACGGUUUCCAUAACAAUCUGAGCUCACGGUUUUGGCUUCUGUCUGUUUUAUUAAUUUAUGUAUGAGUAAAAAAAACUAUAUGUUUUUAAUGUUUUAGUUUAAAUGUAGAAGUAUGUGUGAUACGUUAAGCUUGAAGUAAGCCUCUGUUUAGUUUUUGAGUACAUGUUUUAAAGGGAUAAUAUUACUUACAAAGCAACUAUAAGCGGAAAAUAAAAGGAUAAAAUGUCGGAUAUUGAAAAUGAAGUUUUCGAAAAGGAAAAUGAAACUAACAAGAACAGUCUGUUAUCUUCUCCAAACACUGUACCGAACGGGUCUGAGAUUCCACGUAAAAAGAAGAAAUGGUCGAAAAAACGCUCAAUCAUAAUCUUGAUCAUAUUAAUAGUCAUGAUAGUAUGGUUAUUAGCAAUUGGUAUAGGUGUUGGAUUUGGCUUACCCGAACUUCUAGAAGAAAAGACAAAACCGUUAGACCAAAAUGAAACUGUGCGUUUGGGUGCAAGAAGUGGCAAUGGGAAUACGGGUGGUUUAACCAUCAAUAUAUCUCAUGCAAACCAAUCUGAUGUAGAAAUUAAUAGGGAAAUAGUGAGCGUUCGGGAUCAUAUAGAAAAGACAACCGAAUUGUUAAAAUUUCAAUCUACUACACGGGAUCCUGUAGAUGCUGAACGGACUAAAUUAGAAAAAGAGCUUGAGCGAAAGUUAAAAAGAAAAAACGGCGUUGAUCUCACUUACGUAGAAGAUACAACAAAAGCUGGAUUAAAUACAACCGUCGAGUCUCGUGUACAGGUGACCACCCAAUCAAUUAGUUAUAUAAGCACUGAACCGACUAGUGUCAAGGUGACCACUGAGUUAAAAUUAAACGAAACAAAAAUCGUUGAUAAGACAGUAGACGAAACAACUAAAUCAAAAUUACAAAAAGCAGGGGUCACUGACCAGACUACGUUAGAAGAUAUAUCCGAACCAGAAAUUAAUAGUACCACAGAUUUUCCAUCCAAAAGAAAAAAGACUGUCCGAUUAGUAACCGUAGGAGCAGUAGCUGCUGACCAUGCUAAAUGUUCAGAUAUUGGCAGGGAUAUAUUAGAUAUAGGUGGUUCAGCAGUAGAUGCAGCAAUAGCUACAUUAUUAUGUAAUGGUAUCAUGCAACCACAUAGCAUGGGUAUCGGUGGAGGUUGUUUUAUGGUGCUUUACGAUCAACAGAGACAAUCUGCUGACGUUAUUAAUGGACGAGAAGUUGCCCCAAAAGCCGCAACUUUCAACAAGUAUACCAACAAGUCACCUUUAUUUGGUCCACUAUCAAUUGCUGUUCCUGGAGAAGUAAAAGCUUACUGGGCGGCUCAUCAAAAAUAUGGAAAAAUACCAUGGAAAGAUUUAUUUGCUCCUUCUAUCAAAAUGGCGAGAGACGGUGCACCGUUGUCCGCGUCGGCAGCUCGUGGUUUAAGAUUUAUAAGAAACCGCUUGGCUAAAAAUCUUAACACAACACUUAAUGAGUCAUAUCCUGAAUUGUGUAAAAUAUAUUGUGAUGAAAACGGUAAAAUAUUAAAAGAAAAUAGUACAAUAUAUAGACGUACAUUUGCUGAAACGUUACAGGGUUUAGCUGAAGAAGGGCCAGAAUAUUUAUAUUCUGGGGAAGGUGCUAGAAAACUUAUAAAAGACAUAAAACAGUUUAAUGGUAUUUUGACAAUGGAUGAUUUAAAGAAUUAUAAAUUGAAAGAUACACAAGCUAUAUCUUAUCAAUAUGGUAAUAUAACUCUGCACACAUUAGGUGCGCCAAGUGGUGGACCUGUUAUGGGACUAAUUUUAAAAAUUAUGGAAGGUUUUAACUUCACGGCCGAUGAUUUAUCAAGUUUAGAUAAAAAGGCAGCUAUGUAUCAUAAAAUGAUAGAAUCUUUUAAAUUCGUUUACGCUGAUCGUUUGAAAUUAGCUGACCCUUUGUUUGUCAACUUGGAAAAUUUGAUGAAUAAAAUGGUCUCACCGGAAUAUGCCGACUUUUUACGUGAACAAAUAGACACCAGUUUUACCCAUAAUACAACUUAUUAUACUAAUUUAACUAGUGGUAAUUGGGAUAGUUACGGUACAACGCAUAUUUCUAUAAUAGGACCAGAUGGAGAUGCUGUGGCAGUUACAUCAACCAUUAACUAUUACUUUGGCUCCUUGUUAUAUUCUCCAUCAACGGGUAUUAUAUUGAACAAUGAAAUGGCUGAUUUUUCAUUCCCGGAUAAAACAGUUCUGGACCAGCUUAAAUCUCAAACUUCAAACUACGUAGCACCAGGGAAGACUCCAUUGUCAUCCAUGUGCCCCGCCAUAUUUGUAGACAAUAAUGGCGAAGCUGUUUUAGUUAUGGGUUCAUCUGGUGGGGCCAGAAUAACUACUGUUAAUGCUCAAGUAGCGGCUAGAAUUUUAUGGCUAGACCAGUCAGUGAAAGAAGCUAUACAAACUUUAAGAUUUCAUCAUCAAUUAUUUCCUAAUCACGUCAUAUUUGAACAAAAGUUUUCUAAGGAUGUUAUGAAUUUACUCCAUAAUCAAUAUGGACAUAAAUAUACAGAGAGAACGACAUAUAUGGCAGUGGUGCAAGGAGUAGCACGUGACCCGAUAACGCGGGAAAUUCAUGCUUUCUCAGAUGAACGUAAACAUGGCAAGGCCAGUCUCUUACAGAGAAACAUUACAGUUGUAAACUGAUGGUAUAGAUCUACAAAAUAACAAUGUGGCUACUUUUUAUUGUACGAGAAAUCAGAUCGAAAUAUUCGUUUAUGCCCUGAUGUAACUAUCUAUAUUAUGUGGCCAUUAUAGAGCCGUCCUCUAAUAGAACCAGUAUUGGGUCUAUCCUGCAUUCAACCAGAGGGUUCUACCUCCCUCGUUCAAACAAUAGUAACCUAUUGGGUAGUCGGGAGGAUAUAUGGAUUUACAUGGAGAUUUUCCCGUUUCAUGUUUAAACAUUUAUAAUUAAUUGUGCAGUCGACCUGGAAUAUAUUUGUGAAAACGACAUACCAUUAUUUUGCAGAAGUUGAGGAGUUUUUAUACGCCCACAUUGACAUGUGGUCGUAUAUUGUCGUCUCCCACGCCCGUCCGUCUGUCCGGCGUCCACAAUUGCUUGUGGACGCUCUAGAGGCUAAAGUUUAUAUCCUAUUGAUUUUCACCGAUUUCCGAUAAUUACUACCAGUGUUAUGGCCCUUGAUCACUUUGAAAAAUUUUGUGGAUGCUCUAGAGACCAAAGUUAUCAUCCGAUUGAUAAACAGAGCUUAAGGUCUUGAGAGAACAAGUAUAUUGAUUUUCAAUGAAUUUUGAUAACUUGAACAGCUAAAUUCAUGAUAUGAAAUAUUUCGUAUACGAAACGUUAGCAUGGGGCAGAACUAAAAGCCAAACAAUUUCUAAUGAUUUUCUGAUUAUUACUUAAUGAGUAAAGUUGUUACUCUUAAUCAGAUUUUAGUGUAUUAUAAAUUUUUCAUUACCGACAAUAGAAAAAAUAUGUGACAACUCUUGUUGACUGCACGGACGACUUAGCUGCUGUGGGUGUAUGUUCCGUUGCCUGGCAACCUAUCUUUAACAUUUCUAAACUCUAUAUAGGAUCUGUCGUAUCUAUCUAUAAUGGUUUGUUUCUCUCGGGAUUCGGACAGAGGUAGGGUUGUUUUCUUCGUUUAUUUUGAACAUCUUCAGUCGAGAAUUGAAGUUGGGGUGAAUCCACCAACGAUCCAUAACUAGUACUAUAUUCCAUAUACAUUGUGCUGGUAGCCAAAGCUACAAUAUAUCUUGUUGUCAGCCCUGUCUGUCGGUCUGUUCGCCCAUCCACAGUUUUUGCCAACACUGCAGAUCCUGGCAAGGAUAUUUCGUCUGGUAUUAAGUAGAAACCACAGAAAGUGCCUCGAGUCCUAAAAAGCCUUUCGAUUUACUUAUCUUCCAUGUAAAAUCUUUAUAUGUACACAGGUAAAUACUGAUAAUUUUUAUUCAUCAUAUAUGUGUGUGUCUGUGCGUGUCAAUUAUUAUAUUAUAUUACGUAUAUUUUUCAUUGUAUUUACUUCCCCUGUCUACAGCGAUGGAGACAGUUUCUUUUGUAAAGAAAACGUUGAUUUACUCGCUGUGGGUUUUCAUUUGCUGGGGGAGAGAGAAACUUUAUCCAUGUAUAUAUAAUGAUUCGUUCUUUGUACUUUUAUAUAUUAUUAAAGAUGUUGACCAAAUAAAAUGAG